GUUGUAACGGAGUGAGAGGCUCUUCCCUUUACAUGCAGCUAGCAAAACACUCCAACCAAAAGUUUUGGGGUUUUACAAACCCAGAGAGAGAAAACAAACCCAGGGAUAGAAAUGGAAACAAACUACUCAACUGUGAUGACAACUGAGGAUUAUAUGGACAGCACAGAGGAAGAAGUUUUUUAUUGUAACAGAGAAAUGAACCACGACUUUGGGGUCAACCUCUCCACAUACUAUCUGCUGCUCUUUACCUUAAGCUUGGUGGGAAACAGCUUGGUCCUCUACAUCAUCUGCAAGUAUGAGAAACUCAACACUGUGGGCAACAUCUUCCUUCUCAACCUUGUAAUUUCAGAUCUGAUCUUUACAUUUGGCCUGCCCUUCUGGGCCGUGUACCACCAUAUGUCUGAAUGGAUCUUUGGACGGGUCUGGUGCAAGAUCGUGGUCAGCAUCUACUUCCUGGGUUUCUACAGCUCCAUCUUGUUCCUGACUCUCUUGACCUUUGACCGGUACCUGGCUGUGGUAUAUGCUGUGCCGUCCACUAGGCUUCGAACAAGGAUUUAUGCUAUGGGGUCCUCAGCAGCUGUGUGGGCUAUCAGUUCCCUGGCCUGCAUCAAUCCAUUACUGCUCUAUGACCAGAAAUAUCAUUUUAUUCAGGGGUUUGUGUGCGACGAAGUUGCUACCGGCUUUGAGAUGUUCAAGCUGUCGGGAAGAUAUCUACAGUUUGGUUUCUUUUUCCUAUUUCCUCUCAUUAUUGUUUUCUACUGCUACAUUAGAAUUGCCAUGACGGUCAUCUCCUCCAGGAUGACGAACAAGUACAGGACAGUGAGACUCAUAUUUGUCAUAGUGCUGCUGUUCUUCCUAUGCUGGACUCCCUAUAAUGUGGUGUUGAUGCUUUACCUGAAUGUAAAUGAUGAAUGUGACAAAAUCCUUCAACUUGACCAAGCACUUCACAUUACUCGUAUGAUCACAUAUCUGUACUACUGCAUCAAUCCGAUCUUCUACACUUUUGUGGGGAGAAAAUUCCAGAAUCAUUUCAGGAAACUGCUUGUGAGACAUGUGCCGUGUCUGGAAAACCACGUCUCAGUCAAUGGUAGCAAGACAUUGUCCUAUAAAAACCCUCAAGUGGGCACUACUCAAACAGAUGUACAGGUUUGAUAUGUGAGUCCUGUGAAAUUGGACUAUGAGUCCUGUGUUUGGACUCUAAUAUUUGUUGAUUUACUAUCUGCAUUCUCAAAAAAAACUUUAUUCUAGAUCAGAUAGAACGAGAAAAUAUUCUACCUGGAACAAAACAAAGGGUAUUCUACAGAAACAGCUGCAACACCAUAUCCUGCCUGUUAUAGAGUGUGCACUUUUGCAUUUGCAUUUAUUGGCCUUGGGGCUUUAUAGUUAUGCCUACACAACCUAAAGUGCUUUGUAACA